AUGCAAUUAAUGAAGAGGGAGAGGGAUGAAAAUGGGCAUCUCUGUUCGACCUGGCAGUGCUGCUCAAACUGCCAUUACCUGACUUGCCCAAGCAGAAACUUGUAUUGGCACUUCUUGUUUGCCAGUGAGCCGAACUGCAGCUGUUUCCCACAUCCAUAUGAAGACAAACCUUGCCCAUGCUGCCAUUGCUCAUGCGCAGAGCAUGCAAAUUGCUGGCGGUGCUGCUGCUCUUGUUUAAAUGACCCAGGCUGCAAAUGCUGCUGCUGCGGUGGAGAGAACUCAGCAUGUCAGUAUUACGAAAGCAAGUGCUGCAGAAGCUCUGCCCAUGAACCACAUCAGUCAAGAACACCAGGAACCUGUUCAGUAAAUACCGUGUUAAGAUUUAGAACUAGAAAUAAUGCAUCUGUCCUUACACCAGAAAGGAAGGUCUCCAGACACACUUUCCGUGACCAGUUUGCCUGUCCACUGUGUAAGCAAUUGUUUCUCCACCCACUUAUGGUGCCGCACAAUCAUUGUGAGAAGUGCGUAACUAAAAGCAAGACCAAAGCUGAAGUAACUGAAGACUACGUCAUUGUAUGCCCAGUGUGUAGCAAAGCACAUUGCCUCCCUAACAUAAACAAAAUUCAGCUGAAAUAUAUGCGCAGACACAGCUUUCUGAGGUGGAGAUUUGACCACAGUGAAAGACCAGUCUACUUUGAAACUUGCAGGGAGAGAAAAGUGGCAAGCAAAAGAUGUAGAACACGUGGAAUAAAUAAUUGUAAUGAAUGUCUGCAUUUAAAUCAUAGCAAGAAUGGUGCUCAAGACCACAUUUUCACCAAAGCACAUACAGAAGAUCAUGAGUGGCACUGCUUACUCCACAGCAACUCAGACCUAUCUGAAUACUGUCUGGAUGACCACGAACCGACCUGUGGGUUCUGCAGGAACUCACUGCACAAUGACCACGAGAAUAUUUCCUUGGCAGUUGCAUGUUCAAGGUAGGCAGCUUCCCUCUUUGAUACAAUUGCAAAAUUUAGAAAAGUUCAUACUGGAGUUGAUAAUGAUCUAAUGGAAGUUAUCCUGUUAAAAAAGAUUUUCGAGACCUUUAAGGACACCAAAAGGAAGGAGAUCAGAAAUGGAUUCUUAAAAUUACGUAUGGUUCUUCAAGAACUAGAAAAGAAGAUGAUGGAGUUGCUUGAAAAUGUUGAACUUAAAAAACAGAAAGAAAUUUCAGAAUACCUAAAUGAUACGUCCAAUCAGCUAUCACAUACGGAUGGCCUUAUUCAAUACUCUAAACAGGCUCUUAAGGAGGAAAGCCAAGUGUUUCUGCAAUCUGCACACCGCUUAGUGAAAGAAAUAGAAAAUGCGACUCCUUCCAUUUUCCAAUCUAGUCCACAUGUAAGAGAAGAUCCCUGAAGAAAACUUCAACUCAGCUUUGAUGAACUUUUCUCCACUUUACAGGGACUUGUCCCAUCCCUUAGUGGAAUAAAGCAGACAGAAAGUAAAGCAGAAAAAUAUCUGUAUUCUUUUAACCCAGAGAUAAUGGUUCCAAGGCAUUCAAGUACUCAGAAAUCCAAGCAAGCAACAUCGUUCCGAAGCACAUAUUUAAAUUCCGUGUUUGAUUUAGGUGUUCUGCCUAAAGACAUUGUCAGAUGACCAAGCUCUAACCCUCCCCAUCAUCCUACACAGAGUAAUGAAGUGUGUGUGUACCAGGAUUCAGCUUGUGAAAAUGCAAGAAAAGAAAGAAAAUAUCAGGUUUUUAACUUUUCAAGUCUAGAACCUAUAGACAAUGAAUCCGUACCAGUCCUAGAACUUGUUGUUAUAUACCAGACUGCUGUUUACCUGAGGCCUGCUGAAAUUUACUGGACUUGUCCCACAGAACAUGUGGAUUUCUUUGAGGUAGAGUUUUAUGAAGUUGCUCGUAUUGGUCCUGGUAACAUUGUCCAGACACAACUAGCUGACCAGCUAAGCAAAAUACAGCUGUAGAACCUUGAGGUACAUAAUCUGGAUCCAAAUACAGAAUAUCUUUUUAAAGUCCAUGCUGUCAAUGCAAGUUGUUAAGAAGAAUGGAGUGAGAUCUGUAAGAUAAUUGCUUCAGAGGAAUAUGGGAAAAUCAGAGACGUGGGAGAAGCAGAAGAGUAUUCAGGGCGUUCUGCAUACACCGUAUAG